UCUCUGGAACCUGCGGCGGAGUGAUACCUCUUCGUUCUUUCCGCCUCUCUGACGGGCUGCGGCCACGUCAUCAGACGCUCCGUCACCAACAACAUCCAACAUGGCGGCGUCUGUCCGGGAGAAGCAGACAGUCGCUCUGAAGCGAAUGCUGAACUUCAACGCUCCUCCUCUGAAGAACACAGCAGCGGAGCCAGUAUGGAAGGUACAACACUCUUGUAAUACUGACCGGUUCGGCCAAGACAUCAUCUCCCCUCUGCUGUCGGUCAAAGAGCUGAGAGACAUGGGCAUCACCCUGCACCUUCUGCUUCCACUCGACAAGAAUCCCAUCCAUUCCAGUCUCAUCCCCCGGGAGCCCCACAGAAAAACAUUGACAGAAUAUGACACAGGAUGUUUAGACCUGAGGAACCAGCUGUACGAGUUGUACUAUCUGAACUUCAUCUCUGCCAUCAGCAGAAGUAAACUCGAGGACAUCGCCAGCGCUGCUCUGGCUGCCAACGCGGUCACCCAAGUUACCAAGGUUUAUGAUCAGUACCUCAACUUCAUCACUCUGGAAGACGACAUGUUCACCCUCUGCCAUCAAAACAAGGAGCUCAUCUCGUACCACGCGAUCAACCGAGCAGACAUCCAGGACACAGAGAUGGAGGCCAUCAUGGACACGGUCGUGGACAGCCUCUUCUGUUUCUUCGUCACGCUGGGCGCGGUGCCGAUCAUUCGCUGUCCCCGUGGAAACGCAGCAGAGAUGGUUGCCGGGAAGUUGGAUAAGAAGCUGCGCGAGAACCUGCGGGACGCCAGAAACAGCCUCUUCACCGGAGACAACAUGGCCGCCGGACAGUUCAGACUUUCCAAAAUGUUAGCGGACCGAAUGGAUCAGACUCUGAUGAAUAAGAAGCUCAUUGAUUGGUUAGAAGUUGAGCGUGUGUUGGUGUUGUGUUCCAGUCCGUUCCCAGAGGUGGCCGAGUCGGUCCAGCAGGAGCUGGACUCUUACAGGGCUCAGGAGGACGAGGUCAAACACCUGAAGAGCAUCAUGGGUUUAGAGGGAGAGGAUGAAGGAGCCAUCAGCAUGCUGUCAGACAACACAGCCAAGCUCACCUCUGCUGUCAGCUCUCUGCCCGAGCUGCUGGAGAAGAAAAGGCUGAUCGACCUGCACACAAACGUGGCCACAGCCGUCCUGGACCACAUCAAGGUACAAACACAACACACACAGAGUUUAUUCACAUUAUAUUGCACUUUUCAAACUGGGACCCCAGAAGACAAAAUGAGACUCUUCCUCAUCUACUACAUCACUGCUCAGCAGGCUCCUUCAGAGUCGGACUUGGAGCAGUAUAAGACGGCGCUGCUGGACGCCGGCUGCGACCUUUCACCUCUCAACUACAUCAAACAGUGGAAGGCGUUUACCAAGAUGGCCGCCACCCCGGCCAACUACGGCAACAGUGGAGUCAAACCUAUGGGCCUGUUCUCCAGAGUGAUGAACACCGGCUCCCAGUUCGUCAUGGAGGGAGUGAAGAACCUGGUGCUCAAACAACAUAACCUUCCAGUCACUCGGAUCCUGGACAACCUGAUGGAGAUGAAGUCAAACCCUGAAACGGACGACUAUCGAUACUUCGACCCAAAGAUGCUCCGAGGCAGCGAGAGCUCAAUUCCCAGGAACAAGAACCCGUUUCAGGAGGCCAUCGUGUUCGUGGUGGGAGGAGGAAACUACAUCGAGUACCAGAACCUGGUGGAUUACGCCAAGUUCAAACAGGGGAAGAAGGUGGUUUACGGCUGCAGUGAACUCUCCAACGCUGCUCAGUUCACCAAGCAGCUCUCCCAACUCGGCCAAAAGUAACAAGAACUCCGACAAUAUGUGAACCUCUCUCUCUGUCUCUCUCUCUGUCUCUCUCUCUCUCUGUCUCUCUCUCCCCCCCUCUCUCUCUCUGUCUCUCUCUGUCUCUCUCUCUCUCUGUCUCUCUCUCUCUCUCUCUCUCUCUCUGUCUCUCUCUCUCUGUCUCUCUCUCUCUCUCUGUCUCUCUCUCUCUCUCUCUCUCCAUCGUGGCUGACCUCUUUCAAUAUUCCAGUUUUUUGUAACUCUUCUUCUGUAAAUUGACAGUUCCUGUCUUCAUUGUAAUUUCUGUCUCUUCCACUCAGUACUAAUAAAGUUUAAUGAGAACUCAA